ACUUCCUACAGAAUAGCUCCACUCACCAUGGUUAAGAUCACCUUCUACGAAGACCGAAACUUCCAGGGCCGCUCCUAUGAGUGCAACUCUGACAAUCCUGACAUCUCUUCAUAUCUGAGCCGUUGUAAUUCUAUCAAGGUUGAGAAUGGGAACUGGAUACUCUAUGAACAUCCCAAUUACAGAGGACACCAGUACUUCCUUAGAAAAGGGGAAUAUCCCAACUUUCAACAAUGGAUGGGAUUUAACGACUCUGUCAGAUCCUGUCACCUGACUCCACAGCACCGGGGUCCUUUUCUUCUAAGGAUCUAUGAGAAUGAAGAUUUCCGAGGUCAUACAAUGGAAUUCACUGAAGAUUGCCCUUAUGUCUACGACCAAUUCUGUUUUCAUGACAUCCACUCCUGCCAUGUGCUUAAUGGUGACUGGAUUUUUUAUGAGGAGCCCAACUACAGAGGACAUCAGUAUUACCUAAGACCUGGAAAGUACAGGAGAUAUACAGACUGGGUUGCCACAACACCCAGAGUUGGCUCUUUUAGGAGAGUGCAAUACUAUUAAUUAUACUAUUAAUUAAUUAUCAUGUAUUACAGUUGUUGCUUAUUGUGCACAAUAUAAUUAAAAACAGAAUUUUAAUUUUGUAUUAAUUUUAUUGCCAUGCAUUUUAUUUUCUGUCAUGCU